UAAUGUGAAUUGGAAAAAAUAAUUGCACUUUUGUGUUUUUUAUUGUUGUGUGUGCUUAUUAUUAACAAUUGAUAAAAAAAAGAAGAAUAAGAAAAUAUUGUACAUAAUUUUCAUAAUAUAUUCCAACAGUAAGAACAAAAACGAUAAAAUAAAUACAUAAAAUGUCUAUGGAAGCUGUCGAUGAUAUGCAACGUGAAUUUGCUGAUGUAGAUAUAAAUAACGGAGACUCGAAUAAUGAAGAUGAUGAACAGGACGAGGAGGAGGAAGUACCAUCGCCGGCGGUGGUGGGCAAUAACAAUGGAUUAAAUCAAAACGUCAUACAUCGUCGCAUAUCAUCUAGUAAUAUGCAAGAUGUUCUCUCCGAUAGUGGUGACUAUUACAUAGAAAUCACAAUAUCCGAACCUCAAAAAGUAGGUGAUGGUAUGGGUUCUUAUUUGACUUACAAAGUAACAACAAAAACCAACAUUCCAAAAUAUAAACGUACAGAAUUUAGUACCCUACGACGUUUUAGUGAUUUCUUAGGUAUACACUCACUGUUGGCAAGUAAAUAUAUUAAAUUGGGAAAGAUUGUGCCACCGGCACCUUCAAAAAAUAUAUUUGGUUCUACAAAAGUUAAAAUGAGUCCCCAACAAAGUGAACCCGGCAAUGGUACAAACUUGGAAUGGGUUGAACAACGUAGAGCUGCUUUAGAACGUUAUAUCAAUCGUACAGCACAACAUCCAGUUUUAAGAGUUGAUUUAGAUUUUAUUAAUUUUCUAGAAAGUGAUCAAGAAUUACCUCGCGCUGUUAAUACAGCAGCCCUUAGUGGUGCCGCAGUUGUGCGUUUAUUUAAUAAAGUUGGUGAGACUGUUAAUAAAAUUACCUAUAAAAUGGAUGAAAAUGAUCCUUGGUUUGAUGAAAAAAUUACCGAAGUUGAAAAUCUCGAUAGUCACUUACAAAAACUACAUUCCGCUCUUAAAUCUCUAGUUACUACACGCAAAGAAUUGGCAAAUCUUACUGGUCUUGUAGCUAAAUCUGCUGCCAUGCUUAGUACUUGUGAAGAGCAUACCGGCUUAUCGAGAGCUCUUUCAAAUUUGGCCGAUGUUGAGGAAAAAAUUGAAAUUUUACGUUCAGAACAAUCAAAUUCGGAUUAUUAUAUUUUAUCGGAAUUUAUUAAAGAUUAUUUGGGCUUAUUUACCGCCAUUAAGUCAGUGUUUCAUGAACGCGUAAAGGUUUUCCAGAAUUGGCAACAUGCUCAAAUGCAAUUGUCUAAAAGACGUGAAAAUCGUGGUCGCUACGAGUUGAACAAUCGUACGGAUAAGUUGGAACAAGCACAAUUGGAAGUUGAAGAGUGGCAAGUUAAAGUGCAACGUUGUCAACAGCAAUUUGAAGAGAUUUCUGAAGAAAUUAAAAAAGAAAUGGAUCGUUUCGAAAUGCAUCGAAUAAAAGACUUUAAAGCCAACAUGAUCAAAUACAUUGAAGAUCAAAUGGCACAUCAGCAACAAAUAAUUACAUAUUGGGAAUCAUUUGUGCCUAGUGCCCGUGAAAUUGUUUAAGAACAAAGUUAACAAAAACGCAUUUCUUUCCUUAUUUUUCAAGCAUUUUUUUCUUAAUUGCUCUUUUUUAGUUAGUUGUAAAUCGAAAUACUUCAAGUGAUUACAACUAACAGCUUAUAAUAAUAUUUAUAUGUUUCCUUUAAAGCUGGGACCAAAUGCGUUUAAAACAACAGUAUAUUUAUGUACAUUUAACGGAAAACAAACUUUGUUUAUUUAAGGUUUAUAACCUGAAAAUAAACAAAAAAGGUUUAUUUAAAAAAAAAAAACAAGUGUUAAACCUUAAAACAGACUUUGUUUAUUUGUGGCGCAUAAGCUUCUUUUUAAGCAAAUAUUGUUUAUUAUGAACAAAAAUUCUUAAAUUUGACUUUUCGUAGUAAUUUCUUUCAACUGUUGCUGUAAAGUUUACCUCAAAAUAAGUUUAUUAGUUUUUUUUUAU